CUUGCGAGUAGUCAACUACCGGACGAUAUAUCCACUGGAUGAGGAUCGCUCUGAGCAGAGGAGUGUGUCAUGACUCAUGAGCUAGCCAGCUUACGGUGAGCGCUAAGCUAUCUACAGUGCUACUACAUACAUACACAUGUUUGUCCUUGCCGUCUCCGUGUGCCGUGUACGCCUAUAUAAAUACACGGGCCUCUACCCCUGGCCGGGACCCUUGUCCUUGGUACGCGUACACUGCACCUUCAACCACCAAGCAUAAAUCUCCUUGAACUCGAUCCCUUUCUUGAUUCAUCGAUCGAUUGAUAGAUCUGCGCGUUGAUGGGGCGGCCGCCGUGCCGCGACGAGGAGGGCGUGAAGAAGGGGCCGUGGACGCCCGAGGAGGACCUCGUCCUCGUCUCCUACGUCCAGGAUCAUGGCCCCGGCAACUGGCGCGCCGUCCCCGCCAAAACAGGGCUGAUGCGGUGCAGCAAGAGCUGCCGGCUGCGGUGGACCAACUACCUCCGCCCGGGCAUCCGCCGCGGCGGCUUCUCCGACCAGGAGGACAGGCUCAUCGUCCACCUCCAGGCGCUCCUUGGCAACCGGUGGGCCGCCAUCGCCUCCUACCUCCCCGACCGCACCGACAACGACGUCAAGAACUACUGGAACACACACCUCAAAAAGAAAAUCAUGCCCCAGCAACAACAGCUGCAGCAGCAGCAUCAGCAGCGCGCCUCCCCCUCGGCAUCGCCGCCGCCGCCCUCUCAGAGCCAGUGGGAGCUCAGGCUGCAGACGGACAUCGACCUCGCCAGACGCGCCCUGCGCGAGGCCCUCUCCGUCGACGCCGCCGGCCCGAUGAACACCACGAGCCAGGCGUUGCCUGGCGAGCCGGCCGCGCGCGCGCACAGCGCGCGCAACAUCUUCGGCAUGCUGGACGGGUGGGCACCGGCGCCAGCUGGGAAGAGCCCGGCGACGCCGCCUCGCGCGGCCGAGAGCACCUCCGGGUCGACGCCGGAGCUCACCGACGGCUCCGGCUCCACCUCCAUCGCGUCCAAGCGCGCUGCGCGGGUGGCCGGCCCGCUGUUCGGGCGCGACGCGGAGGUGCCGCAGCUCUCGGCGAUCGAGUCGUGGCUGCUGGAGGACGACAGCGGCGAGCAGCAGCCGGCGCAGGAGGGCCUGCCGCUCGAUGCCGCCCUGCAUAAUUUUGCGUUCUAAAGUUUAAUUAUCAAUAAUCAAAGAUUUUCUAGGCUGCUUAAUUUAUCAAUAAUCGAAUGUAGGUAGUGGUUGCUAAUCUAAUUCUCGUCCGUACAAGAGUACGCGGAUCGACUAUUUGCAUUCCCAAAGUAAAACCAUGAUGCGAGUGACGUUGAAAUGCACGUGUUGUACUAGCAAGCAUAUAAAUUUAUCUUAUGGCCUGCUUCAAAAACAUGUUAUUUCCCCCCAAAUUCGUACGGGAUUUGAACUGAUCUAUGUGAAGUUUUUUUUUU